CCAGAGGUACAGAGUAAGUGCGGCAAUGACAACAGUGACAACGAUGAUUCUGAUGAUAGCAUUAUUAUCCUGUCGAGUGAGGGAGAGAUGGUACGCCUGUCAAGCAGCUUCACAAAGAUCUGAGUCUCAUCUGAAUAUGCAAACUUUUCCAUGGAUAUUGACUCCACAUUUUUUGCACUCAGGAGGUGUACACCCCAUUUCAAUUUCUGUUUACAUCUAUUUAUUUCUUUUUAGUUCAGCGAGUCAGAACCAGAGCUGUUGCCAGACGUGCCAUUGGAAGUCCCUCAAGAAGCUGCUGCCAAUAACCCUUCUGAUGACAACAGUUCGAAUGAUGGCAAUGACAAUGGCCCUGAAUGUGUAAUAUGCUUUAGCAAAUUUAAAGUGGGUAUGUUCCGAGGGGUAGCAUUACCAUGUAAUUGCAAAAGGUUCUGUUACCACUGUGCUUUACAGCACCAGUUUGACUUUAAGAGGUGUGCGUGGUGUAUGGGGACUGCGUACCACAUCAACUCAGAGCCAUACAUUGAAGAACAAUUCUGAACUACAUUACUCAUGUAUUCAAAAUGCUAAAUUUCUUUUACGUUGCUUUUUUAGCCCGCCCUUCUGCUUUGAAAAAGCUAUCCAGGGGGCUCAUGCAAACGACCUCGUGUCUGUCUGUCUGUCUGUGUGUCUGUCUGUCUGUUCCACUAGAAGGAGAUGUGCUAUAGACUUCAAAUUUUCAGGGUAUCUUAAGGCUCACUCCUAGAAAACGAAACGCCUACGGCAAAUCCUGGCAACCAACCCUAAGGGGCUGAAAGGGGGUAUCGAAGAAAACAGGAAAGGCCAAAAAAGUUGGAAAAAAUAUAUUUUAUUAUGAUCAUCUUCUAAGAGGUAACUUGUGAAAGUAGAACCCUUCGGGCGAAAAUUUCGUCCGUUUUGCUCUAUCUCU